AUGCAUUAUUGGGGCGGCUGGCUAAGUUUCCUGGUCGCCAUAUUGUGGAUUGGAGUCCUGACGGCAGUCAUCGGAGAUUUAGCAGGCCAUUUUGGCUGCACCAUCGGACUCAAAGAUUCCAUCACCGCCAUAUCGUUCGUCGCUCUUGGCACCAGCAUCCCUGGUAAUCCAUCAAUCACUCAUUAUCAUCCACCAGGAAUUAACUUGUUUAUCCUCAAAUCCCCCUCAUAUAUCCCUGCUGAUGCUGACGAUGAAAUUUUUCUUCAACAUCUCCAUGUCACACGAUAG